AUGGUCUGCCAUUUGCCUACACCUCCAAAGUGUUGCUCCGAUCGGCAAACACUAUGUGAGACUCCCUUUGUUAUGGUAUACGCGAACCAAACACUCGGAACUGACAGACCUUUCGUGAGGCCCUCAUCUCAAUGCCUCAACCCAUUGUCUCCGCCAUCAGGACGUUCAACGACCACAACCACCACAACGAGUACGACGACUGCAAAACCGGUCACUCAGAGCACCACCGCUCGAGUGGUGCGGAUAUGGACUCUGGAGCCGCCCGUCAACAUCAGCUCAAACCGGGCGCCGCCGCUCGACACGGGGGCCGCCAAACGCCAACCACACAAGAAUACGUGGUAUCAGACCUCCCUGUCCAACACGUCCAACGUCUACUCGACGAAUAGGCCGUCACUCAUGGCGUACACGCCGUCUACGAAGUCACCGAUCAUUCAGUCAUCAACCGCUCAAACGCCGUACUGGUGGAGACCGCACUUCACGAAACUGCCGGCUAUUAAACACAUUUACGACCCCUCGAGACCAGCAGAUCAGGGAUACGCCUCUAAAAAGAAAGGCGAUUACGAGGGCGACCUACCCUACAGAGCUACUCUUGUCGCUGCGGAAGCGAUUACGGCAGUUUUUCCUGAACCACCAUUCGAGACAGUGAUGACUGAAUUAGAGUUCGUCAAGAAUGACAUCAAAGAUCAGUUGAUGCACUUGAAGGAGAAUAUGAAACCACAGUCAGUGUCCAAGAACUUAGUGGUGAUGAUGGACAACGCUUUCAUCCACAAAGAGCCCUUUGGGUUGGCACUGAUAAUCGGCGCCUGGAAUUAUCCGAUUCAGUUGACUCUAUGCCCACUCGUCGGUGCCAUCGCUGCCGGAAACUGUGCUAUCAUUAAGCCCUCAGAAAUAUCCGACAGUACGGCCACUACUUUAGCUGAACUCAUACCUCGUUAUCUCGACAACGUCCUCACGAAAGUACACUAUUGGCCUCCUGAUAUCUUCUUCACGGGUUCGACACAAAUCGGGCGACUCGUGAACGAGGCGGCGGCCAAACACCUGACACCCAUCACAUUGGAGUUGGGCGGCAAGAGUCCCCUAUAUAUCGACGAUUCGGUGCCCAAUAUGGAGAUGGCGUGGAGAAGGAUCUUGUGGGGAAAACUGAUAAACGCCGGCCAGACGUGUGUCGCACCCGACUAUGUCUUGUGUUCGCCUAAAGUGCAGAAAACUCUUAUAGAAAGUGCGGCGAAGAUUGUCAAAGAGUUUUACGGCGAAGAACCGAAGAACUCUCAAGACUUCGCACGAAUUGUCAAUAAAAAACAUUUCGAGAGAAUCACGAAAUUAAUGGCCGGCGGAGGGAAGGCUGUGAUCGGCGGACAGACUGACAGCUCCGAGAACUACAUCGCACCCACCGUUUUGGUCGAUGUCUCGCCUAAUGAUCCCAUUAUGAGUGAAGAGAUCUUUGGACCCGUUCUUCCGAUAGUGAGCGUCCAAUCGGAGGACGACGCCAUCAAUUUCAUCAAAAAGGGAGACAAACCGUUGUCUUUGUAUUUGUUCUCAACUAAUCAGAAGACAAUCGAUAAGUUCGUAAACGAGACAUCGAGUGGCUCCAUUUGUGGAAACGAUACCGUCAUUCACCUCUCGAUAGAUACGCUGCCAUUUGGUGGCAUUGGAGCCUCAGGUUUGGGUCGAUAUCACGGAAAGUACUCAUUUGACACCUUCUCACACGAGAAGUCUAUACUGAUUCGCGGAUAUAAUCCGGUUCUGGAGGCCAUCGGAUCUAAGCGCUAUCCACCCUAUAAUGACAGUAAACUCCGGUUUAUGUCCCUAUUAUUGACCAAAAGACGCGACUUUACGCCCAAAUAUUUGUCGCAAUACUUGAUGUACGCUUUGGGUGUCAUAACUGUCCUCGGAGUUCAGGCUUUGUAUUAAAAGUACAACAAAUUGUGACAUAUUUUGCACAACUAUUAUGUAUACCUUAAACAUAAACUAUACGAUUAUAUUAUGAUUGCAAUUGAGGCACAAGUUAUGCCAAAUAUAUCCAAUUUAUUUGAACAC